AUGCAAAGCAGCAAGCGUAUAUACAUAGUGGGGCCUUCGUCCACGGGGAAGUCCACCUUAUGUGGUGCAAUUGCGGCCCGGUGGGGUUUGACGCCAAAGCAACACAUUACUGAGGUUGCAAGGACCGUCAUAAAGCAACUAGGUCUGAGCCGUGAUCACAUCAGCAACCUUGAAAUGCAGAAAGCAAUUAUGUUGGCUCACCUCCAGAAGGAAAAUGAAAGUGACCAACAAAAAAUCUUGCUGUGCGACCGUUCGGCAGUCGACCCCGUUGUCUAUUCUGUCUUCACCUCGAAGGAUAAAGAUACCGCGAACGAGCGCAAGCGGGCAUUGGUCACCCUCCCGGAGUUCCAAACGGCAAUCGAGGGAUAUAGAAACUCCCUUUUUAUCCUGCUGACGCCAGUGUCAGAAUGGAUAGUGGACGAUGGCUUCAGACAUGUGGGGAAUGAAGUGGAUGUGACAAAGAUUUUUCAAGAAACACUCCACGAGCUAGGCAUCCACUAUGUGGAAAUAGGUGAGGAGACGCAGAAGUUGGAAGAUCGCGUGAAUUUGGUACAGCAUUUAGCAUUUGGAAAUUGA